CUCAAGCAUUCUAGAUCUCCACUUCAGAGAUCUAUCACCUGCAGAAAGGUCGAGGAACGGAUUCUAAACUGCUCCUCCCAGACCGCUUGGCCAGUGGCAGACCAGUGAAUCCCAUAGAAAUGAGUGCCCUGCAUUUCGGUGCUGCGUUUUGUUCCUGCAUCAGCCUUCUGUGCCUGCUCUCUGCCUUGGCCUCAGACUACUGGGUAGCAGAUUCCACUCAUCAUCUGGGUUUAUGGAAAUUAUGUAAUCUCAGAGCAUGUUAUCCACUUGGUGUGGAAUUGGUGUCAGCUUCUUUACAUGCCAUCCGAACCUUCAUGUUUCUGGGGAUGAUCGCUGGAGCUGUCUCUCUCGGUGGGCUUUGUGUCAUGACUAGGCAACCCAGUCUGGGCAAAAUCUCCAUGAGCCGGAUCACAUGUAUUGCCAGCUUUACUGCAGGCCUCUGCAUCAUGAUUGCUAUGUCCAUUUCCACAGCAGAUAUUAGUUCCACCAAGUUCUAUGGAUGGUCUUUCAUCGUGGGUUGGGCCUCUUUUCCUUUGUACUUUCUAACUGGUUGUCUUACUUAUAUAUUGCAUAAGAAUACAACAACAACAGCAUAAGAGAACUACAACACUGUCUUUGGAGAUGACCAAUGAAGCUGCAUUGGUAACCUGGAGGCACAGAUCAGAAUUAUUGGCCCUGCACCAAAUUUAUAAGCUGAAGCAUGAAGGCAGAAGAAUUAGUUUAAAUGUAGAAAAACAGCCAUACAUUCCCAGCCCCUCCCCAUCUCAUUUUUCUCUAAAAUAUCCAGGUUGUUUCUUUCUGAAGUCCAUUUGGAUUUGCCAAUGUUAAGAACUUUGGGAGACUUCUGCAAGCAGGUCCCAGAAAGCUGGAAUUCUACUCUUCUCCCAUCUUUCCUGUUCUAGGAAACCAAAGGUGCUUUUUGGUUUAUCUGUGGUCUCCAAGGCCCCUAUGAGGGGUCUACAACCUUAAACACUCAAAGAGCCAUUUGGACUCGUUUCCCACAGAAAAGAAAAAACCGGGAGCCACAAAACCUGGGUGGGCGUGGCCAACUCGACGUCACUCACUUCCACCAGUCACGUGACUCCCUAGCCAUGCCUACACAGGGCAGAGAACCGGUUGUUAAAAAACACCGGGAACCACAAAACCUUUUAGACAUCUCUCUUUCUCCCUCCCUCCCUCCCUCCCUCCCUCCCUCCCUCCCUCCUUCCCCCCUCUCUCCCUCUCUCCACUUUCUUUCUGUAUCUCUAUGUCUCUUUCUCUCCCCCUCUAUCUGUCCUAGCUGCUUUCCAUCCCACACCAUCACCCUUACCUUCUCAGCCAGGCGAGGAGUAACUGGGAGUGGAGGGCGAGGGGUGGGGCCAGAUAGUGGUGGGAUCACCCAACAGGGAGCCACAGCAGAGGGCCCAAAGAGCUGCAUGUGGCUCUGGAGCCGCAGGUUGCUGACACCCAAUCCACACCCAAUUGCACUGUCCAGGUGACCCAGAGGGCACAGAUAAACUUCCAAGUGGCCUCCAUGACUUUCAGAAAGAGUAUUAACAACCAGAUGACCGCAAGGAAUAUAAAUCCUUUUAUAUUACAACUCUAAAGAAUUGUAUAACUCGUGGCAUACGCUCUCAGGCUUUGGCAUUUUAUAAUUGUAUCUUAUAAAUCACCUGUUCUUCAGCAUCAUAUCUGCAUAAGCAUCUGUUCUUAUUUCACAUGUUCUUCAACAGAGUCUUUAGGUCUGAAAGGAUUUGGAGGGGAAAAUGAUAUUUCCAGUUCAGUUGAAUUUAUGCAAUUUGAACUGCUUUCAACGAUGGUUUUUGUAUCAAUGAUGGAACCUUUUUAUCUCUAAAC